UCUUUCUAAACAUAGUCAUGGAUAUGCACGUACUUGCUUCAUAUACCAUACCUUUUCAGAAAUAUAUAUCAGCUGUUCUUGCAGUAUUUAAGAUGUUUGAAUGAGAAAUUACCAAUUUCGUGCCUCCAUUAUUUUUUUUCUCUGAAUAAACUGCUCUUCUGUUGCACGUGAAGGAAAGAAAUUGGUAAGAGUCUACACAUCUACACGAGAACAUUCGUAGUUGAAGGACUUAGUCUGACCAUUUCUUUUCGCACUCGAUCAUUUCUUUUCUAUCUUGCACCUAUGCUUAAUAUGGUUUUGCUAUCUAUUCUGGAACUGCAAAUAUGUUUAUAUCAAGAUGUAUAUAAAUCAAGCAACACACGCAUUGUUGUUUGUUACUUCUUGGUUUUCUAACUUGUGUCAAAAACUUUCAGCAUGUUAUCAGAAUGGUAGCUUGUAUUGCUGCAGAGCCCAUUUCUAUGCUGGAAAGCAUGGAUUCUGAAGGAUAUGUAAAAUGGGACGUCAAACCUGAGAACUUUCAUCUCAGCCAGCCUGGAACUCCUCAAGAAAAGAAACCUUUUCUUGUAGAUCUUGGAUUAGAGGUGAUCGUUGUUGUGAUGAAGCUGCAGAGGUGGCAUAGGUUGAGGGAACUUGGUAAGCUCAAGGGACACGUCGAAGUUGGUUUGUCAACUGGAAGGCGCUCAAUAUCAAGACUGUCCAGCAGUCUGUACAUGGUGGGAUGA